AGGCGUUAAGAAUUAGGCUCUCUCCUAAUUGAAGCUUAAGCGUGUAAUUUUGCUCCAAUCCUUCUUCGUCGUUGUCUUUCUCACUGUCAAGGCAACGAAAUCAAAGUGGGUGGUGGGAAUUCCUACCAUUUCAAGUGGCUUAAGAUUAGGGUUUUAUAGCACCGCGGGAGAGGGUGGAGCGAACCGUGCGCGGCAUAUAACGGGAGACACUGCGAGUCCCGUCACCGCCCUCAUGGCUUCACCACCCUUCUUCUUCGGUGUGUUUCUGGUGUCGUUAGUUCUGAUGUCCUCGAUCCCCGGCGGAGCACCGGAUCUGGCUGCGGACGGCGCCGCACUGCUUGCCCUCCGCGCCGCCGUGGGCCGCUUCGUGCUGCCGUGGAACGCCUCCGACUCGCCAUGCACGUGGCAGGGCGUCGCGUGCGGGUCCAGCCGCGUGACCGCCCUCCGCCUCCCCGCCGUCGGUCUCAUCGGCUCGAUCCCCGCUGGCACCGUCGGCAACCUCUCCGAACUCCGCGUUCUCAGCCUCCGCUACAACGCCCUCUCCGGCGCCUUGCCGCCGGACCUUCCCGCACUCUCCGAGCUCCGCAACCUCUACCUCCAGCAGAACCGCUUCUCCGGCGAGAUCCCGCCAGCCCUUGGCUCCCUCAAGAACCUCGUCCGCCUCAACCUCGCCGGGAACCAGUUCUCCGAUGGCAUCCCGCCGGAGCUCAACAACCUCACCCGGCUCCGCACCCUCUACCUCGAGACCAACCGGCUUGCCGGGGAGAUCCCCCGGUUCGACCUGUCCAACCUCGCCCAAUUCAACGCAUCGUUCAACCAGCUCAACGGGUCGAUCCCCUCCUCGCUCCGCGGGUUUCCGGCGACCGCUUUCUUGGCCACGGGGCUCUGCGGGGGGCCUCUCGGGCCGUGCCCCGGCGAGAUAGCGCCAUCUCCGGCGGCCAAUAGCCCGAGCGGCCAGGGCCCCGUGGCCCAGGUGCCGGUGGGAGGAAAUGCUGGCGGCGGGGCCGGGAAUGACGAGAAGAAGCUCUCCGGCGGGGCCAUCGCCGGGAUCGUCAUCGGUUCCGCCGUCUUCCUCCUGAUCUGGCUCAUCUUGUUGAUACUCCUCUGCCGGAGGAGCGGCAAGAGCAAGACGAGUUCGCUGGAGGCGGUGGAGGCGAGAGGGAAGCAGUCAGAGGCUUCGGCGGCGUCAGAGCGGGACAAGGGUUUAGGAGGAGCAGCGGGCGGGAAUGUAGAGUCGGCGACUCCGGUAGCAGCGGCCGGGGCGGAGAAGCUGGUGUUCUUCGGUGGCCGGGCGGCGCUGUUCGAUCUGGAGGACCUGCUGAGGGCGUCGGCGGAGGUGCUGGGGAAGGGGACGUUCGGGACGGCGUACAAGGCGGUGCUGGAGAUGGGAACGACGCUGGCGGUGAAGAGGCUGAGAGACGUGGCCUUGACGGAGAGGGAGUUCCGGGAGAAGGUGGAGGUCAUCGGCGCCAUGGACCACCCGAACCUGGUGCCGCUGAGGGCGUACCUGUACAGCAAGGAUGAGAAGCUUCUGGUGUAUGAUUACAUGCCCCUGGGAAGCCUCUCCGCUCUCUUGCAUGGCAACAGGGGUUCCGGCAGAACUCCUCUCAACUUGGAGACGAGAAUUGGCAUCGUGCUUGCGGCAGCUCGUGGCAUCGAAUACAUUCACUCCGCCGGACCUUGGGCCUCGCACGGCAACAUCAAAUCCUCCAAUGUCCUCCUCACCAAGUCAUACGAAGGCCGCCUUUCCGACCAUGGCCUCGCCCUUCUUGCAGGUCCCAUUUCCUCUCCAACCCGCGUCUCCGGGUACCGUGCUCCCGAGGUCACCGACCCUUGCAGGGUCUCCCAGAAGGCUGAUGUCUACAGCUUCGGUGUGCUUCUACUGGAGCUGCUAACGGGGAAGGCCCCGACGCAAGCCCUCCUCAACGAAGAAGGCGUCGAUCUGCCAGGGUGGGUCCAAUCGAUCGUCCGCGAUGAGUGGGCAGCCGAGGUGUUUGAUCCGGAGCUGCUGAGGUACCAAAACGUGGAGGAGGAGAUGGUGCAGCUUCUGCAGCUCGCCAUAAACUGUGCAGCUCAGUCCCCGGACAUGCGGCCUUCGAUGCCAGAGGUUGUCGUCCGCAUCGAGGAGAUCCGAAGUCGAAGAGCAGUCCACCGAGAGCAGCAGGACAAUGCCGAUGGAUUAGAAGAUGGUGAUGACAGUUCAUCGAGGAGGACGGACUCCAUUGCCGAGUCUUAAGAUCGAUCACCUGGCUGUGUUCUGAUUUAUGAUUCUGGUUCUUGCUUCAUUUUUUCUUCAUUUUUCUUUUUUUAUGAUUGAGCAAAACUUGCUUGCUCUUCUCUCUUUAUCUGCAUUCCAGGAUGAAUACCUUCUUAUCAUUAGAUUAUGUAUGUAUGUAUGUAUUAAUCUGUGGUUUCUUCAC